AAUCUGAUCAUUACAUACAGAGUCAUUACAGAAGAACAGUAUAACAGCAGCUGAAAGACAUGGCUGCUAAAAAAAGUCUUUCAGAAGAAGAGCUUUCAUGUCCUGUAUGCUGUGAUAUCUUUAGGGAUCCUGUUCUGCUGUCCUGUAGCCACAGUGUGUGUAAAAGCUGUCUGCAGCAGUUCUGGGAGACUAAAGGAUCUCGGGAAUGUCCAGUGUGUAGAAGAAGAUCCUCAAGAGAACUUCCUCCUCGUAACCUUGCCUUGAAGAAUGUGUGUGAGGCUUUUCUUGAGAGCAGAAUUCGGAAAGCUUCAGCAGGGUCUGGGGAGAACUCCAGUCAGAAAUCUUCAGCAGGGUAUGAGGAGGUCUGCGGUCUACACAAAGAGAACCGCAAACUCUUCUUCUGUUUGGAUGAUCAGCAGGCUAUGUGUUUGCUGUGCCGUGACUCACAGAUGCACAGAAAUCACAGCUUCUGUUCAGUAGAUGAAGCUGUGACUAACAUAAAGAUGAAUCUCCAGACUGCUUUGAAGCCUCUACAGACGAACCUGGAGCUCUUAGAGAAAGUUAAACAAGGCUAUGACCAAACAGCAGCUUACAUUAAGAUGCAGGCCCAGCACACAGAGGAGCAGAUAAGGGAGGAGUUUGAGAAGUUUUAUCAGUUUCUAAAAAAUGAAGAAGCAGUAAGGAUAGCUGCUCUGAAGGAGGAAGAGGAGCAAAAGAGUCAGAGAAUAAGGAGAAAGAUUGAGGAGAUAAAUGGACAAAUAUCAUCGCUUUCAGGCACAAUUAGAAACAUAGAGACAGAGAUGAAAGCUGAGAAUAUUCAGUUCUUACAGAAUUUUAAGUCUACAGAGAAAAAAGUUCAGUGCUCACAAAAGGACCCAGAAAAGAUAUCAGGAGCUCUGAUCAGUGUAGCCAAACACCUCUCCAACCUGAAGUUUAGAGUCUGGGAGAAGAUGCAGGAGAUUAUCCAGUACACCCCUGUUACUCUGGACCCCAACUCUGCAGCUUACACCCUUCACCUGUCUGAUGACCUCACUGCUGUAGAAUACAGGAUAUCAUCGGUUCCUGACAAUCCAGAGAGAUUUGAUAAGUAUGCUGUGUUCGGUUUUAACUCAGGGACACACUGCUGGGACGUUCAUAUAGGACAUGAUAAUGACUGGGAGCUGGGUGUAUUAACAGAGUCUGUGGCAAGAAAGGGACAGUCUUUCCAUAAUUCAUUGUGUAGUCUGUGUUACACUGAAAAUGCUGAUAAAUACUGGAUAUGCUCUCCAAGAAAGUCAUAUCAGCCUUUCCCAUUUAAGGGGAAGCUGCAGGGAGUCAGGGUGCAGCUGGAAUGGAACAAGGGAAAAGUUACAUUCACUGAUCUUCUAACAAAAAAACACCUGCACACUAUAACAAACACUUUCACUGAGAGAGUUUUACCUUUUUUCUGGAAUCAGUCUAAAUGUCCUCUGAGGAUCGUACCAGUGAAGACAUCAAUAAGGGUGCAACAGCACAGUUAAUGUAAAAGAGCAUUAGAAGCAUUUUUCAUUUUUACAGGAUGAAUUAGCCUUUCUUUACUGUCAAGUACAAACAUUGUGUCUAUAUUGUUAUGUGUAUAUUUCUUUACGUUGUUUACAUAAUCUGAAUGUGACAGCUGUUGUUUACAUUGAUUUCAAAAUGUAGGCUGAAUAGACCAAUAGAAAUGUUUCAAAAUGACCUGUAAUAAGUCUUUUGAAAGUUCUAUUCAAAGUUGGUGGUUUGGAAAUAUGUUUUGCAUUAUAGCAAU